GGUGACGAGCCCUUUUUGAAUCUAUAUAAACUGUGGAUGAAUUAUUCAUGACGCAUCAGUGGUUCCCUCUUGAUUCGACGGAGGCAACGCGAAAUUCAGCUGUACAUAUUUCGGAACGUGCUACCUGGGAUCCUGCUAUAGGAAGAGUCUGCUUGCUAAACACCGCCAAUGGCGAAACGGGCGAAGCUAAUUCUGCUCUGUUGGAUCGUGACUCUGGCGAGCGUGGAUCUCCGGCGGGGUGGACUGGGAGUCGAUGGGAAAGCCACGAUGGAACAGAUGUUGAAAACGGGCGAGAUGAUGAGGAAUGUGUGCCUGGGGAAAACCAAAGCGAACGAGGACCAAGUCAACGGUUUGCGCGAGUCGAAGUUUCCCGACGUCAAAGAACUCAAAUGCUACGUUAACUGUAUAAUGGAGAUGAUGCAAACGAUUCGAAAGGGAAAGUUGAACUAUGAUGCUACUAUAAAGCAGAUUGAAACCAUUAUGCCGGAUGAGUUAGCGGAACCGAUGCGAGUUGCUCUCGACAUUUGUCGGGACAGUGGUGACGGCAUCAAGAACCAUUGCGAUGCUUCUUACUCGAUUAUGCAGUGUAUUUCGAAGAAUAAUCCUAAAUUUAUAGUGCCAUAAAACCAUCAGCCCGAGGGGACUGGAACUGAUGGGAUCGUAAAAUUGUAUUACCUGUGUAGCAACACUUUUUGAUGCAAUAAAACAAUUUCCUGUGUACGUACGCUCUA